AUGGGAGGAAAAAGUAUUAUGAACCCUACCUUUCCAUCAGAAAAGAUUUCAAGAGCACACGGCGGCACCCCGUACAUCAUCUCGGAGCAGCGGCUGCGCAAGAUCCGCUCCGAGUUCCUCUACUGCUUCUUCGACGGCGGCGGCGACGACGGCGAGGGCGACUACCAGAAGAACGUGCACGCCUCCACGCCGCAGGUGCACAAGAACUUCAACUUCCAGCUGCCCUUCUUCGGCUUCCGGUUUAACUACACGCGGGUGUCCCUCAACGGUUACCUGGAGUUCAGCGACCCCCCAGAGCACUACACCUACCCGCUGGUGUUCCCGAACAAGGACUGGCCCACCAAGAACGACCCGUCCUUCAUCGGCAUCUUCUUCAGCAAGAUGCGCGUGGGCAAGAUGCGGCCCGACGACAUCGACCAGCGCAAGGCCGGCGUGUACUUCCGGCUGGAGCGCGACCUGCAGACGCGCGUCGACCAGUUCGGCGUGGAGAUGCGCGAGCGCCUCAUGUGGGACGUGCGCGAGGGCGUGGUGGGGGCCGACACCUUCGAGCCCAAGCACGCCACUAACACUUUCCAACUGGUUUUGGCUACCGAUGAAGUGUACACAUACGCCAUCUUUAAUUACGUGGACAUACAAUGGACGAGUCAUACGGAGGCAGGCGGUGAUACCACUAUUGGAGAAGGCGGAGUGCCUGCUUACGUGGGCUUCAACGCGGGCAACGGCACGCGCAGCUACCAGUACGAGCCGUACUCGCAGGCGUCGACGCUGCGCGACCUGACGGGGCGCGGCUGGGGCAACGGCUUCCCGGGCCGCCACAUCUUCCGCAUAGACGAGCGCAUCAUGCUGGGCAACUGCAACAAGGACAUUGGUCAGUGCGCACACCGCAGUCAUGAGCAGACGAAGCGCGCGGAAAGCAUCUCUAAUCAGGGAAUGUAUACUAUACAUCCUGCCAACUAUCGUAACCGUAACAAUGUUGGGACCAAUGACAUUCAGUUUGGAUUUAUUCAUAUCAAUUUGACAAAUCCCGAGCAGUACCACGGACUCACCAUCUCACCUGUGUUAUGGAGUAAACCAAUUCCCUUGGCAUGGUACUUUGGACCGCAGUGGGAACGAAAGUAUGGUACACGUUGGCCAGUUGAGAUGUGUAACAACUGGAUUAAGAACGAUCGAUUUCUGAAGAACUUCGCUGCUGAAAUUCCACAGUGCCCUUGUAUUUUGGAACACGUUCUCAAUGACAAGGGACGUUACCUAUCUGACUGGGAAUGUGACAUGGACAUCAACCCAGACUGUUACUACCACCAAACUGCAAUUCACUGCAUGAGAACAGGAGCUCCGAGUCAUGAAGGAUUAGAACAAAUGUGCUGUUAUGAUAAAAAUGGAUAUCUUAUGUUAUCAUAUGACCAAAUGUGGGGAUCUCGACCUUACCGUGCUCACAAUUUAGGAUUCCUUCCUUGGAAUGAAGCUACAAAGGUUCCUACCUUAUCCCAAUGGUAUCAUGAUAUUGUUCCUUUCUAUCAAUGUUGCAUGUGGCAAAGUGAACAAGCUGUAGGUUGUGAAACGUACCGGUUUGAAAGACGCCCCACUCAAGAUUGCAUUGCCUAUCAGCCUCCUUCUAUAGCUGCUGUAUUUGGAGACCCACACAUCGUUACUUUUGAUAAUCUAGAAUAUACAUUCAACGGAAAAGGUGAAUUUGUACUUGUACAUGCCGAUUCAAACAAGGCACAACUGGACGUUCAAGCUCGAUUUGAACAAGUUCCCCGAAACAUCUACGGAGAAGUGGCAGCGACUCAACUCACAGCUGUUGCAACCAAAGAUAAUAUCUCAGCAACAAUUGAAAUUCGUGUACGACCUGAACAUGCUAGAUGGCGCUAUCAUUUGGAUGUAUUUGCCGAUGGUAGAAGAGUUUACUUUGAUAGAGACUCUUUAAAAACUCAACAUUUUCGUGGUGUCAUUGUAUACACUCCAUCUUAUAUUCUCAACCAGUCUGAAGUAAUCGUCAUGUUCCAGUCAGGUGCUGGAGUUGAAGUAGUGGAAAAUAAAGGAUAUUUAUCUUGCCGUGUUUACCUUCCAUGGAGUUUUAUUAAUCAAACACGAGGAUUAUUUGGUAACUGGAGCUUUGACAUGACAGAUGACUUUACUUUGCCUAAUGGAUAUGUGGUGAAUAUUGGUAAUAACUUGAACAAUUUUGAACGAGUGCACAGGGAUUUUGCCUUGGAAUGGAUGCUAGAAGAUAAAGAUAAUGAAGAUAUAGGAAAAGCACUGUUUACUAGAGAAAAUAUGCGUGCAUCAAAUUAUUAUGGAAAUAGAUCAUUUGUUCCAGAGUAUAGAAAAAGCAUAUACGAAAUUGUGCCAACAAAUAGGUUUGUAUUUUUGUCAUUUGAUGUUGGAAGAAGGAAAAGAAGAAUACAAGUUUAUAAUGUACUUGUUAAUUGUGAUUUAUUUUUUUCAGUUGUAUCAUGUGGAGUGCUAGAGACACCACGCUUUGGAAGAAAAAGUAAUUUUUAUUUUACUCCUGGAUCCAAAGUUACAUUUGAGUGUGAUGAAAACUUCAUAUUGAUUGGAGAUAAAAGAAGAACAUGUAAUGCUAAUGGGCAAUGGGAUCUUCCAGAAUACGGAUACACUGAAUGUUUACGACACCAGGAAUAUUCCUCCCGGCAAGUUGGUAUAAUUAGUGGUAUUAUCCUGGGCAUCUUGGUACCAAUAAUAUUUAUAAUUGUUCUCAUAUAUUGCUGGCUAAGGAGGAAAAAAGAAAAACUAGAGGAACCAGCUCCUUCCUGGAAAUAUGAUUGGCAGGUAUCAGGAAGUCCAACUGACACAAAACAAAGAAAUUUUUCUGAUGAAGGAGAAAGUGCAAAGAAAUUGAGUACUAGUACAAGUAGCAGCUUAUCCCCGGAGAAGAAACCCAAACAUUAUGACGGGGUAUAUUACACAAAUGAGCCACUUCCAGGGAAGCCACCUGUUGAUUUUGAGGAGAAGGUGUGGGAUUUAGAUGACGACGUCUCGCCCUCAACUAGUACAGCUGCUGAACCUUCAGUGUCGAGUGAACCAUCAGUACAAAAAAGUCGUCAAACUGAAAUCUAUUAA